GGAGUGGUGCUUUGGGCGCCAUCUUGGGGGCUCCAGGCGGAAGGCGCGUUGCGGGGGAGGGGGAAGUGGGGGAAAUUGAGGCACGCAGCACCGGGAGGCCGGGGGCAGGGUAACUUGAGGCGCAGGAACCCCGGAGGAGCGAAGGGAAAGAGUGAAGUACCCACCAGUCACCGCGAGGAGAGAGAGAAAACUAGCUUCAAUUGCACGGACGGAGAAAAAGGGGACGUCAAAGGUCCAGACUCACUUCGUUAGAGAAUAAAGGCAGCGAGAAGGGAGGAAAGAAAAACCGAAAGACCUUGGUUCGGAGGGGAGAAGAAAUGUCGGAAGAAAAGCAAGGAGAGAGGGAAUCUGAGAGAACAAGGAGAACCUAAAGAAUAAGGGAGGAAAUGGGAAAUAGAAGGAGAAAAAGUAAAAGCCGCGAUGGGCGGUUUUGAAGAAACGGGAAAUGGGGGGGGUAGAUGACCUGAAGGACAACCAGGGUGAAAACCUGAAGGAAGUGACCCUGUAACGCCUGGUCUGUAUCCUCCUUACUUCCCUGGUGCCCUCCUUCCAGGCCUCCAGGGCACAGGGAAGGAGGAGUCCCCAUGUGUCGAGGGGCUCAGACCCUUCCAACUCACCAUCCCUUUCUGGCCCUCAGGGCCUUAGGAACAAGUUGCCUCAGCUCUCUUGUUUUCAGAGCUAUUUUCUAAGGAUAGGAGAGCAGCAAAAAAUUAACUUGUUCUAACUGCCCCCCCUCCCCCCUCCCGUUUCUCCUAUAAGUAAACUGAGUCUAGAGGAAUUGGUCAUUUACCUUCCUGAGGCCAAAAAGCUACUAGGAGACCCCAAACACCAAGUAAGACCUAGGUCUGACUCCUCAGCCAUCACAUUUAUUAUGUUUUUCAAUUAGAUUGUAACUGGGUGUCCUAACUCGCUCCUAGAUUAAACUCAACACCAUGUUCAUGUAAUUAGACCCGACUUCCUGGAUUGGAAUCCUGGCCCUGCCACUUCCUUGCUCUUGUCUUGGGCAAGCUGACUUCUCUGUGCCUCAGUUUCCUCAUCUGGGACAUAACAGCCCCUGACUCAUGUGAGUCAAAGCUAUGUAAGAGUUAUUUUUAUUAGGGCCUCAAGGAGCCUGGUAGCAACAACUAAGCCAUCCUGAGUGCAUUAUAACUUGCAAAGUAUGCUCAGUGCUUUCCAUGCAUUAUUCGUUUUAAUCCUCUCAAUGACCCUAGGAAGGAGGAACUAUUGCUCUCGCUUUGCAAAGAAACUGAGGCUCAGAAAUUAAAUAACUUGUCCAUCAUUAGGAAGAAACAGAAUUCCAACCCAGGAAUUGACUCCUGGGUCUAUACUCUUGGUGCCCAGGCUCUGCUGCUUGGCAGGUGGGACGUGCAGAGUGGCAUUCUAAAUACAUGAAUUCAAAAAGCAGAGAAAAGUUGGUGGUAAUCAGUUAACUCUAAGGUUGGUAAUCUGGAUUUGCUCUCAGGGUGAAGUCACCUGGGACAGGAACGUGAGCAUCUGGAAGCUAGAUUUAGGCUUUGACAGGCGCCAUACCCUCAGGCAGAUUCCCUCUCCCACUGAGGCCUCCUUUCUCCAUUUAAAAAUGAAAAGAAAAACAAAAGAAAAAGAAAAUGGAAGGCUCUGGCUUGGCUUGUCAGGCCCCUUUCUGCUCCACCCUUCUGCUUGGACUUCCCAGUUUAUCUGGAUUGACUGGAUCCCUUCACUUCAGAUGAUAUAAGGGUGGCGAGUGGGGGCCGCGGCAGCUGCGUCCCCAUGAGGAGGGGAGGAAGAUGCCGGCUGAGCUGCUGCUGCUGCUGAUUGUUGCCUUCGCCAGCCCCAGCUGCCAGGUGCUCUCAUCACUGCGCAUGGCUGCCAUCCUGGAUGACCAGACAGUGUGUGGCCGUGGCGAACGUCUGGCCCUGGCCCUGGCCCGGGAGCAGAUCAACGGGAUCAUCGAGGUCCCAGCCAAGGCCCGCGUGGAAGUAGACAUCUUCGAGCUGCAGCGGGACAGCCAGUACGAGACCACGGACACCAUGUGUCAGAUCCUGCCCAAGGGGGUCGUGUCUGUCCUGGGGCCCUCCUCCAGCCCGGCCUCUGCCUCCACCGUGAGCCAUAUCUGUGGGGAGAAGGAGAUCCCCCACAUCAAGGUGGGUCCCGAGGAGACGCCCCGUCUGCAGUACCUUCGCUUCGCCUCUGUCAGCCUGUACCCCAGUAAUGAGGACGUCAGCCUGGCGGUCUCCCGAAUCCUCAAGUCCUUCAACUACCCUUCGGCCAGCCUCAUCUGCGCCAAGGCCGAGUGCCUGCUGCGAUUGGAGGAACUGGUGCGUGGCUUCCUUAUCUCCAAGGAGACGCUGUCAGUGAGGAUGCUAGAUGACAGCCGGGACCCUACGCCGCUGCUCAAGGAGAUCCGAGACGACAAGGUGUCCACCAUCAUCAUCGAUGCCAACGCAUCCAUUUCCCACCUCAUUCUCCGUAAGGCCUCGGAGCUGGGAAUGACCUCAGCGUUUUACAAGUACAUUCUCACCACCAUGGACUUCCCCAUCCUGCACCUGGACGGGAUCGUGGAGGACUCCUCCAACAUCCUGGGCUUCUCCAUGUUCAACACCUCGCACCCCUUCUACCCCGAGUUUGUGCGCAGCCUCAACAUGUCCUGGAGGGAGAACUGUGAUGCCAGCACCUACCCCGGCCCCGCGCUGUCGGCUGCCCUGAUGUUUGACGCUGUGCACGUGGUGGUGAGCGCCGUCCGGGAGCUGAACCGCAGCCAGGAGAUCGGCGUGAAGCCGCUGGCCUGUACGUCAGCCAACAUUUGGCCCCACGGGACCAGCCUCAUGAACUACCUGCGCAUGGUAGAGUAUGACGGGCUGACCGGGCGGGUGGAGUUCAACAGCAAAGGGCAGAGGACCAACUACACCCUGCGCAUCCUGGAGAAGGCUCGGCAGGGCCACCGUGAGAUCGGGGUGUGGUACUCUAACCGGACCCUGGCCAUGAACGCCACCACCCUGGACAUCAACCUGUCGCAGACACUGGCCAACAAGACGCUGGUGGUCACGACCAUCCUGGAGAACCCGUAUGUCAUGCGCCGGCCCAAUUUCCAGGCCCUGUCGGGGAAUGAGCGCUUUGAGGGCUUCUGCGUGGACAUGCUGCGCGAGCUGGCCGAGCUGCUGCGCUUCCGCUACCGCCUGCGGUUGGUGGAGGAUGGGCUGUAUGGGGCGCCCGAGCCCAACGGCUCCUGGACGGGCAUGGUUGGCGAGCUCAUCAACCGGCAGAAGGCAGACCUGGCCGUGGCUGCGUUCACCAUCACGGCCGAACGGGAGAAAGUCAUCGACUUCUCCAAACCCUUCAUGACCCUGGGGAUCAGCAUCCUCUACCGAGUCCACAUGGGCCGCAAGCCUGGCUAUUUCUCCUUCCUGGACCCCUUCUCCCCUGCUGUGUGGCUCUUCAUGCUUCUUGCCUACCUGGCUGUCAGCUGCGUCCUGUUCCUGGCGGCCAGGCUGAGCCCCUACGAGUGGUAUAACCCGCACCCGUGCCUGCGGGCACGCCCCCACAUCCUGGAGAAUCAGUACACGCUGGGCAACAGCCUCUGGUUCCCUGUGGGGGGCUUCAUGCAGCAGGGCUCGGAGAUCAUGCCCCGGGCGCUGUCCACGCGCUGCGUCAGCGGAGUCUGGUGGGCCUUCACCUUGAUCAUCAUCUCCUCCUACACGGCCAACCUGGCCGCCUUCCUCACCGUGCAGCGCAUGGAGGUGCCUGUGGAGUCGGCCGACGACCUGGCAGACCAGACCAACAUUGAGUAUGGCACUAUCCACGCUGGCUCCACCAUGACCUUCUUUCAGAAUUCCCGCUACCAGACGUACCAGCGCAUGUGGAACUACAUGCAGUCGAAGCAGCCCAGCGUGUUCGUCAAGAGCACAGAGGAGGGCAUUGCCCGCGUCCUCAACUCCCGCUACGCCUUCCUGCUCGAGUCCACCAUGAACGAGUACCACCGGCGCCUCAACUGCAACCUCACCCAGAUCGGGGGCCUCCUCGACACCAAGGGCUACGGCAUCGGCAUGCCGCUGGGCUCCCCGUUCCGGGAUGAGAUCACACUGGCUAUCCUGCAGCUUCAGGAAAACAACCGACUGGAGAUCCUGAAGCGCAAGUGGUGGGAGGGUGGCCGGUGCCCCAAGGAGGAGGACCAUCGAGCUAAAGGUCUGGGCAUGGAGAACAUCGGCGGCAUUUUUGUCGUGCUCAUCUGUGGCCUCAUCAUUGCCGUCUUCGUGGCAGUCAUGGAAUUCAUAUGGUCCACGCGGAGGUCAGCAGAGUCGGAAGAGGUCUCGGUGUGCCAGGAGAUGCUGCAGGAGCUGCGGCACGCGGUGUCCUGCCGCAAGACCUCGCGUUCCCGCCGGCGCCGGCGCCCAGGAGGCCCGAGCCGGGCCCUGCUGUCGCUGCGUGCUGUCCGCGAGAUGCGCCUCAGCAACGGCAAGCUCUACUCUGCCGGCGCGGGCGGGGAUGCGGGCGGCGCGCACGGGGGUCCCCAGCGCCUCCUGGACGAUCCGGGGCCGCCCGGCGGGGCCCGGCCCUCCGCCCCUACCCCUUGCACCCACGUGCAUGUCUGCCAGGAGUGCCGGCGCAUCCAGGCACUGCGGGCCUCCGGGGCCGGUGCGCCCCCGCGUGGCCUGGGAGCACCCGCCGAAGCCACCAGCCCGCCGCGGCCGCGGCCCGGCCCCGCCGGCCCCCGCGAGCUGGCGGAGCACGAGUGACCACGGGCGGGGCCGGGCGGGCGCCCGGACUGACCGCAGGGACGGGGUCCUUCCCAGGCCCCGGCCACUCUCGUUUCCCUAGUGGGCGAGGGUCGGGACUUGUGCCCCAGGGCGCUGAACCCCACGAUUUUGCCUUUGGCUCCGGGUGAAGUCCGAGGCCCGGCUCCAGAGCCUACCUGCGCCCCCUAGUGGACUCACCAGAGGGUGCCGCGAACGCCCGCAUUUCGCCCCACCACUGCGGACAAGAGGAGCGCAGGAAUCGUGGACUCCAGGGGCCGGGGACUGCGGGGGCCGCUCCCAGAAGCGGAAAGCGUCUACAGGGAGAAGCCCAUCCUGGGACUGCUCAGGCUCCCCGAGACUUGACGCAGCUCUCCUUACUUUUGGAGGAGUGGGGGACCUCUGGGCAGAUGGGUGUCCCUGGGCGCCCUUCAACUCUUCUCUUUCUCUCUUUUUUUUGGGGAGAAAUCUCGGAAUUUCUAUGAGACCCCCCACAGGGAAGGGGUCAGUUGGGCCCCCAUCCCUCCCCCUGCCACACCCCAGUCCCUGUUGGAAUAAAAAAAAGAACAAAACCCCAAAA